CCAGCACGACGCCGCCUACGCCGUCCAGUUCGUCGACGAGACCUACUUCUCCAUCGCCGACGACACGUACCAGGGGCUCUCCACCUGCCAGGCGCUCAUGGCCCAGAACCCCGUGCGCGACAGCGACAUCCACCCCGGCGUCGCGCUCACCGUGCCGCUCCGCUGCGCGUGCCCGUCCGCCGCGCAGGCCGCGGCCGGGGUGAGGUACCUCGUCACCUACGUCCUUGACUGGGACGACAACGCGUUCACCGUCGCUCAGCGCUUCGGCGCGGACUACCAGGCCCUGCUUCAUGCCAACGGCAUCACCGACGACACCACCGUGUACCCGUUCACCACCAUGCUCGUUCCGCUCAAGGACCCGCCCACGUCUCAAAUACCGGUAGUCUUGCCGGCGCCUCCGGCAGCGCCACCAGCACCGGCAUCUGAUUUGGUCCCGACGGCCAGUUCCAGUGAAUCCAGCCGGUGGUGGAUCACCGUCGGCGUUGGUGCUGGAUGCAGCGCUCUUGCUUUGGGUGCCGUGCUUGCUCUCUUCUUGCUAUGGCGUCGGUGCUGCCGACACGGCGACCGAAACACGAAGACCGCCCCAUGGCAGGCUCCGGCGAAGGGAGCUUUGAUGUGGCCGACGGUGGAGGCAGUGGACGUGCGCGAGGCGGUGUGGUCGCUGACCGUGCACGACUACGGGGAUCUAGAGAGGGCGACAUCAGGUUUCUCGGAGGAGCAGCGUCUCGGGAACUCGUCGGUCUACCGCGCGGUGAUCAACGGCGGCGCCGCGGCCGUGAAGCGCGUGCCCGGUGACGACAUGGGCGCUGAGACCGAGGUUAGCGUCCUGGGGCGCCCCAACCACUCGAGCCUCAUCUGCCUGUCGGGCCUCUGCAUGCACGGCGGCAACACGUACAUGGUGUUGGAGUUCGCCGAGAACGGUGCGCUCAGCGACUGGCUGCGCUUCAACGGCGGCGAGGUGCUCGGAUGGAGCCAGCGCGUGCAGGUGGCGCUGGACGUGGCAGGCGGGCUCAACUACCUGCAUAACUACACCGACCCUCCCUACGUGCACAGGAACCUCAAGAGCAGCAACAUCCUCCUCGACGCGUGCUUCCGCGCCAAGCUCUCAAACUUCGGCCUCGCGCGCGCGAUCACCGUCGACGCCGACGACGAUGACAUCGGCCUGUGGAUGACCCGGAACGUGGUGGGCACGCAGGGUUACCUAGCGCCCGAGUACCUGGAGCACGGGCUGAUCGGCCCCCAGCUCGACGUGUUCGCGUUCGGCGUCGUCCUGCUUGAGCUCUUGUCAGGGAAGGAGGCGGCGGUGGCACCGGACAACGACGGGAAGGUGGUGCUGCUUUGGGAGGAGGCGGAAGGGCUGGGCCGGCUGGGAGACGGCGACAGCGCCAAGGACGACCUGCUGGACAGGGUGACGGCGUUCAUCGACGGCCGGCUGGGCGGGCAGUACCCGUUGGAUGUGGCGGUCGCCAUGCUCGCGUUGGCGUUGAGGUGCGUGGCUCGGGAGCCCCGGGCGCGGCCGCCCAUGGCCAAGGUGCUCCUUUCGCUGUCGGGGAUGUACAGUACAAUUGGACCCUGAGGCCACCGGAUCUCCACCUACUGUCCUGCUCGGGAACAAUAAGUCCACAUUAGUAGCGCAUAUUACAGAGCAGGUCACCGUCGGCGUACGCAUCCUAUAGACUUGUGUUGCUAGCACCAACAUCAAUCAAAUAAAACAAACGUCCACAGGUGUGUCUAAAACUCAGUCUCAAAUGAGAGACGUCACAGUAGUUGUUUUGCUGCUAGCGGCACCUAGAUGCUGCGAACGGCCAUGAAAAAUGUUGCGACAGUUUUGCAUGCAAUGAUAACUGAUGCUGCAACUGGUGUGAGUAAAUCCAUCCAUCAAUAAAAAAAGAGAAAAGUAUGUUUU